CGGAAAUGCGUCAUACAGGAAGCGCGUUCAUUGUUUUGGCCUUUCCUGGUCUACAUCUCUGGACUCUCGCCGAUUAAAACAACAAACAUCUGACAGUCGACGCUUUUCUGGUAUCUUCUCACCAUGACUCACUGGUUCCAUCGAAACCCUCUGAAAGCCACGGCGCCCGUGUCCUUCAACCUGUACGGCGUGGCGUCCAGUCCCGCUGCCAAUAAGAUCUGCAAUGACUUGAGAACGACGCGGGCCCGACUGCUGGACAUGUUCACAGAUGCCACAUGCACCCCAGAGAUCAUGAAGAAAUCCAGUGAUGAAUAUUUUGCUCUUAUACAGGGAUUCAUUUUGCCACUGGAUGGAACCACGCAAGAGAAUAAGCUCCGAUUCAUCCAGAAUUUCAAAUGGACUGACACUUUACAGGGAAAUAUCGCAAGUGCCCAGCAGGAUGCGGUUUUUGAGCUGGUGUCUAUGGCGUUUAAUGUCGCCGUCUGGUACUCCAAGUUUGCCUCACGACUGGCCGGAAAGGAGAACAUCACAGAGGACGAGGCCAAAGAUGUUCACAAGAGUUUGAAAAUCGCUGCUGGAAUAUUUAAAACCCUCAAGGAGACUCAUAUUCCUCGGCUCAUCACUCCAGCAGAGAAGGGUCGAGACCUGGAGCCGCGAGUCAUUGACACUUACAUUGUGCAGAGUCAGGCAGAGGCUCAGGAGGUCACCAUUGCCAGAGCCAUCGAGCUGAAGCACAACGCCUCCCUCAUCGCAGCGCUGUCGUUCGAGACAGCAAACUUCUACCAGAAGGCCGAUCACACUUUGAACACUUUGGAUCCAGAAUGCAGCAGUAAAUGGAAGAAAUACCUGCAGCUGAAGCAGCACUUCUACAUGGCUUAUGCACACUGCUAUCAUGGACAGACUCUUCUCGCGGGUGAUAAAUGUGGAGAGGCCAUAAGAUCCCUGCAGGAGGCCGAGAAAUUUUACUCCCGCGCUGAAGCCUUGUGUAAAGAGUACCGUCAGAUGAAGGGUCCCGGCAGCACGGCCAAACCCUCGGAACAGCUCUUCUUUAAGAAACUAGGCACGUUCAUCAAAAACACCCUGGAGAAAUGCCAGAGAGAGAACAGCUUCAUUUACUUUCAUAAGGUUCCUGCUGAAACUCCAGCGCUGGAACUGAAGGCCAGUUACGGUUUGGCUGAACCGACUCCAUUCGAGCUCCCGCCUCUCAGCGCUCAAUGCACGCCUGAAGUCUACGCGACCUUUGACCUGACCAAAGGACCCAAAGAAGACAAGGCAAAAGCGAAGCACGAUGAGGAGAUAAAGCCGGUGAAGGAGCCGGAUCUGAAGCCGCAGAAGGACACGGGCUGCGUCGUCUCUUAAACUCCUGCUGAAGCAGCGGCAGACAGGUGAAGCAUGAAGUCCAGGAGAUCUGGGGGAGUCUGUAAUCUUCUCUCCCCUGCUCAAAUAUUUCCCAAUAUAACAUAGUGAUAUAACAGUGGCGUCUGUCUCGUGCUCAGAUUCUGUUUAAGGUGUUUCGUCUACAAACGACAGAUGAAGGGUUGCGUGGCUAAUCUGACGGACAGUUAACUCUAAUAACCCAGACUGAAUCUGAAUUAGAUGACCAUUUGAUUUGCACUUGAUUAUCUCUCUGUAGCACAAUAUAGAUGAUUUAUUGGGUCCAUUGAUUAGAGAAUAACUUCUAUAGGUCACUAAAUUAAUCUUUUUUUUAAAUAAUGUUUAGAAUUGAACUCUUCACGGUGAUGCUGGAGAAUGAUCCAUUGAUGUAAUGCAAUUGUUAAACGGUCUUUAAACUAUAUGAAUUUCCGAAAAAUUUAAUUAAAGAAAAAAAAAAGGUAUGAAAAAAUAUGCUUUGCAUAGAGAAAAUAAAACCAUUUUAAAUUCAUAA